GGAAGGAGAAGCUGAACUCUCCCCGCCCAGGCACCUUAUAACGGACUGAUAGAGUCGGUGGAACGGGUAGGCUUCAAUCAGAUCUCCUGCAGUGCACAUCUCCUCAGAAAACAUUCUUGAUUCUUGAAUCUUAGAUCUUGUUUCCUUAUUCAUGAUUCUUGACUCUCAAAUCUUGAUUUUGUAUUCAUGAUUCUUGAAUAUUGAUACCUUAUUAGUGAUUCGUAACUAUUGUUUUUUUGGUCACAAACAUGUUGCCGCGUUACUCCAUGUUCGCGGCGUUGAUCCUCCUCGUGGACGCGAGUCCCCUAGUCCCAUCAGAUCAACCCGAUCCUCUCUCGACUGUCUCAAACGAAGUGGCGGACGACCCCUCAUCGGCUCUAUCAGGAGUCUACUCAGAGUGCCUCAUCAAGAUCUCCUUCCCGUGUGUGCAACGCAAGACCCUCCUAUUCAUCGACCGCCUGUCUCGACUGGACCGCAUCCGCAUUGUCGGCGAUUACGUCAGCAUCGUGAGGGUGACCCAACAGAAGUCACCCGCCAUCGUCCUGGAGGAGUCGCCGCUGGAUCGCGACGAAGCCACGCUGCGAGCGCUGAUCGAUCUGUCGAUUGAUCGAUUCUUCCAGACGCAUGUCGUUCGCCUGCAGAUUCCGCCGCUCUUCCCGGAACCGGAAGCGGCCGCUGCGGACGGCACGGGCAAAGCGGCAAGUGAUGACACCGUCGUUGAUUUCACGAUUGGCGACUCGAUUCAGGCCGAAGGUAGAAAGAAAGGAGGCGGCGGCGGAGGUGGGGGUGGCAAAAUGAAGGGCAUGAAGAAGCUGAUGAUGUUGAUGGGAAUGAUGAUGAUGACCAAGCUGAUCAUGAUCGCUCCAAUCCUGAUGGGGGUGAUGGGUCUGGCGGCGAUCAAGGCGCUUAUCUUCAGCGUGAUGUCGAUCACCAUCUCCAAAAUCAUGCUGCUGAAGAAGCUGAAGGCCAUGAUGGGCAACAAGGGGGGUCACGGGGGCGGCCAUGACAGUGGCAGCAGUGGCGGCUGGUCGAGUGGUGGCGGGGGGAGCAGUGGGGGUGGUUGGGACAGAUCGCUGGACGAUGGCCACCCGCUGGCCUACCGAGGAUAUGUCUCGUAACCGCUCCGCUCCCUCUCCACACCUCAUCAACGUAUUUCCGCUGUAAAUAACUACACUAUCUGUAAAGAGAGGUGUCAUAUUUAUGAGUAAAAAUAUAAGUUUGAGUGAAUUUAAAAACUUGGUAUCUAUAGCCUACAGUGGCGUAGCCUUAAAACUUACCUAGGACUCCUGGCAAAUCCAACAACCCCCCCCGAACAGUAGGCCUAGUUUUAAAAUUACCUUUCAAAAGUCAAAAAACUUCAUCAUUGUAAAUUAUUUACAGUUGUUAAUAGCAUAUCUCAUAUUAUAAGAUCAGAACAUGGCAGAGAGAGGAUUUCAGGAAUAUGACUCACUCAUGACAGCACACGUCAUCAGAGAAUUUGGUUGUAAUAAAUAACUACGGUACACUUUCUGUUUUAUAAGAAGUCAUAUUUAAAAUUAAAAAAAUAUUAAUGUGAGUGGAUUGAAAAAUUUGGUAUCUAUAAGAUCAUAUAAGAUCAAAACAUGACAGAGAUAUAGAGGAUUCUAGACAAUAUGAAAUAUUCUUACAUUCUUUUUCAGUUGUAAAUAAGUAAGUUACACUUUAUGUUUUAUAAGAUGUCAUAUUUAUAAUUAAAAAAUUUAAUUUGAGUGAAUUGGAAAAUUCCGUAUAAAUAGCUUAUCUCAUAAUAUAAGAUCAAAACAUGACAGAGAUAUAGAGGAUUCCAGACAAUAUGAAAUAUUCUUAUUCUUUUUUCAAAACUUUUAUUCAUCAAAAUUUAGGUGAAAGACAGUUUUGUCCUCUCCCAAUCAUAUUAUUGUAUAAUAGAAUGAUUUUUGAUUGUCGAUAAAUGAAGUAAAUGACUCAUGUCAGCAUACAUAAUGAAUCAAAAAUAAUCUUUUUGUGAAUAGCUACACUGCCUGUUUUAUAAGAUAACAAUAUUAUUAAUGAUUUAAUAAUACAUCAUAUUCAUGAAUGAGUACCAAUUUUACUCACUGCUGAUAAAUUUAAUUGAAAGUGUGUAUUUUAUUAAUACAACUUAGAUAAGCAUGAGCACUCAUGUUUAAUAUUUGUAUAUACUCAAGACUGAUCAACAAUUUCUAAUUCAUACUAAUUCUAUAUUAAAUGUAGUUUUCAUAUGCUUAUUUGUUCUCUACUGUCUAUUAUUUAUUUAUUUUAUAUUGUUAUAAUAAAUAUUAUUAAAAUGUUCAUAAA